GAAAACGAAUUCAGUGCAUCACAAUACUCGCCAGUGUUCGUUUCGCCGUACAUCGAUGCACAGUGUAUAUAGUUAGGAACUGUGCCUGUUUAUCGACACUAUUUCCUCGCCACACCAUGUUCCGUUGGACGAACUGUGCCGUGUUAGUUGCACUAACGGUUGCAACCAUCUGCACCGUUACGGUGCAUGGAGGCCGGAGACCUAUCGAUCCGCACGAUCAACAACAGCAUCCGAGUCCGGACCGUAGAGCUUUGGACAGGGAACCAGUGUACGAUGCGCUUGAGGAAGAAUCGGAAUAUUGGCGGACAGCAGCUCAGAAAUCGUUGCAAGAUCAUACCGCGCUACCAAAAACUGAUCGCCGGGCGAAGAAUGUAGUGUUUUUCAUUGGCGACGGGAUGUCACUCUCUACGGUGGCUGCUACCCGAAUGUAUCUGGGCAACGAGAAUGUUUCCCUCUCAUUCGAACAGUUUCCGUACUUUGGGCUCACGAAAACCUACUGCGUUAAUCGGCAGGUGGCCGAUUCGGCAUGUACUGCCACCGCGUACUUAUCCGGGGUGAAGAUCAACUACGCCAUGCUGAAUGUGGCAGCCAGCGUAAGGCGUACCACCUGCGAGUACGAUCACGAAGCGACGGAGUUUAAGGGUUUGCUCCAGUGGGCGCAGGAUGCGGGAAAAGCGACCGGAGUCGUCACCAAUACCCGCAUAACGCAUGCAAGUCCGGCCGGUGCAUACGCUAGCAGCGCGGAUCGUGACUGGGAAGAUGACAGUGAGGUGAAUGCCGACUGUCCCACGACAGCGGACGAAAACAAACCGACGGACAUUGCGACCCAGCUCGUGUACGGUAGUGUCGGUAAAAAUCUGAACGUGGUGCUAGGGUGCGGUCGUCGCCAUUUCCUACCGAAGCUAACAUUGGAUGAGGAUGGCAGAAAUGGAACUCGCUCAGACGGAGUGAACCUCAUCGACGCAUGGAAGGAGGUGCACAACGAAAUGGGUACAGCACAGUACGUGUACGACAAGGCUGGUCUAAUGGAAGCUGCAAAGUCGAAGAACGCGAAUUAUCUGCUCGGUCUGUUCGAUACCAGCCACUGUCUGUACAACUUGGAGAUCGACGAUAUGCAGGUUGGCGAUCGGAAACCCAAGCUGACGGAAAUGGUAGACGCCGCGUUAAGCAUGCUGGAAGACAGCAAGGACGGCUACGUACUGUUUGUGGAAGGUGGUUUAAUCGAUACGGCGCAUCAUUCGAACCGGCCCCGUCUUUCGCUGGAGGAAACGAACGAAUUCCACAAAGCGAUCGAUCUGGCCCGGAAACGCACCAGCGUGGAUGAUACGCUUAUAGUGGUUUCGUCAGAUCAUAGCCACACGCUGAUGUACAACGGAUAUCCGACCCGUGGAAGCGACAUUCUAGGCAUUGGUGACGUGAGCGAUGUUGACCAUCUACCUUAUACAACCCUCAGCUAUGCCAACGGUGAAGGGUUCUACCAAACGUACGUCGAUGGCAAUCCAGCCCAACGUAUCGACGUUACCAACUAUGACUUCGAGAACUACCGACAGCGCUAUCUGGCCACCGUACCACUAUCAUCGGAAACGCACGGUGGCGAAGAUGUCGGUGUAUACGCUAGUGGUCCGGGGGCUCAUUUGUUCGCUGGCAGCACGGAACAAAACGUGUUGCCGAUGCUAAUGGCAUACGCAGCUAACAUCGGUGAAGAGUUUGGUUGGGUGACGAACGAUGAUGAGCAUACUGAUGAUGAUGAUGAUGGUGCCGCUAGCAUGAUGUCUAUCUCGCAUCUUCUGCUCAUGUGUCUAGCACUGGUUGGAACAUUCGCCCGGCAGCUGUACCGAAUAGCGUAUAUCUGCGGAGCCUUACAAAACUCUACGCGAAGUGUUUUAUUUAGUCCACAAUCGGGUGCGUUGAGAGUCGUAUCGUCGAGAGCAAAAGGCGCGAUGAUGACCCUUGCCAGGUACUUCGUAUGUCUAAGUCUGGUGGCGCUCGCAGCUGGUGCGCAGCUUUUCAGUGUUCCCGAUAAUGCUCGUGAACCCGAUGGCCAUUCGAGACGUGGUAAACAUGGAUCGUUCAAAUCGAGCUCGUCAGCGUCGAGAUCACAUACGCCUCAGAUGCAAGGUUACGAAGACCGGGAACUUGACACCGACUACUGGUUGGAGCAGGGUCAACAUACUCUCGCCCAGAAGCUAGCCACACCACACAACACAAAUCAUGCGAAAAACGUCAUCUUCUUCAUUGGGGAUGGUAUGUCAUCCCAAACGGUGGCAGCUACACGUAUGUACCUCGGCAACGAGGCAAACAGUUUGUCGUUCGAGAACUUUAAGGACAUUGGUUCGGUGCGCACGUACUGCGUUAACCGUCAGGUGUCCGAUUCAUCCUGUACCGCCACGGCCUAUCUGUCGGGGGUGAAGAUCAAUUACGGCAUGAUCAAUGUAGCUGCCUCCGUACCACGGUAUACCUGCGAGUACGAUCGGAAUGCAUCCGACUUUGAGGGAUUGCUCAAGUGGGCUCAGGAUGCGGGAAAGAGUACGGGCGUUAUCACAACGACAAAGAUCACACACGCAACUCCGGCCGGAGCGUAUGCGAGCACUGCCAACCGGUACUGGGAGAAUGACGCAGAAGUGCAAGAUGCAGACUGUGACCCGGAGCGUGUAGAUGACAUCGCGGAACAGUUGGUGGGCAACGAAUGGGCGAAACAGUUUAACGUAGUGCUCGGUGGUGGUCGUGCCAAUCUGCUACCGGUAGAAACGAUGGACGAAGAGGGUAAACCCGGCUAUCGACGGGAUGGUAAGAAUCUGAUCGAACAGUGGAAACAAACACACGCAGCAAUGGGACGAUCGCAGUACGUUUGGAACCGUGAGCAGCUACUGUCGGUGGAUACCUCCAACACGAACUAUUUGCUAGGAUUGUUCGAAAGCGGACACAUGAAGUACAAUCUGGAGCUGGUGGGUGAUGAUGAAGCGCAGCGAAUGGAACCAACGCUAGAGGACAUGACUCGAACAGCGAUCGAACUGUUGCAGAGGAACAAGAAAGGAUACGUGCUGUUCGUGGAGGGUGGACUAAUCGAUGUGGCUCACCAUGAAACGUACGCUCGAUUAGCGCUGGAUGAAACGGCUGAGAUGGCCAAAGCUAUCGAUACGGCGCGCAAAAUGACCAGCGAGGAGGAUACACUGAUCGUUGUAAGCUCCGAUCAUGCACACACCAUGACCUACAACGGAUAUCCCGAACGAGGCAACGAUAUACUCGGACUAGGUGACGUAAGUGAUGAAGACUUCCUGCCCUACACCACGCUUAGCUAUGCGAACGGGUUGUCCUACUAUACGACUUACACCGAGGACAAUCUGGGUAUUCGGGAGGACGUCUCCAAGUACGACUACACCCAGAUGGAUCAGCGCUACAUGGCAAUGGUACCGAUGGAUGCUGAAACGCACGGUGGUGAUGAUGUGGCCGUCUGGGUGUCCGGUCCGAUGUCACACCUGUUCCGUGGUGUGUACGAACAAAACACCAUCCCGUAUUUGAUCUCCUACAUUGCCCAAAUCGGCGAUUACUUCGACGAUUCCAAUUCUGGUACAAGUGGACUCGUUCUGCAAUUGUCGGUCCUUCUCGGAUGUUUCUUUGCCGUGCUAAUGAGGCGAUAAUUAAUACGAACCAUCUAUUCGAACAAUCAUUGGGCCCAUCUGUCAACUGAACAGUUAUCGUUUGAUCGAUGUAGAGACAAAAAAACCAAACAAACAAAAACCAACAUUAUCCACCGAUGCUGAUGCGCAAGCAUUCGUGCGAUAAGUGUUGCUUAUCAGAGAAUGGGUCACUGUACAUAGUGUCUAGAGUAGAAGUACCCUUGAGCUGGUGGCGUAAGCAGCUGGUGAAGUGAAUAUAACAGUUGUCGCGACUAAUCCU